CUCACGAUAGCCGAUCCAGAGAACGUGCGUUUCUAACUUUUUUGGGACUACCAGCGAGAUCUCCAGCUGCCGUUUUGUCACGUUUGGACGCUGUUUUCCCGCAAAACACAUUCAGUUUAAUAUCCCUUUUCACAGACGCAUCUGGAGUGUUUCUUCUUCCUCUGUUCAAACUCGAUUCCUUUUAUGUGACGGACCUUGAUCCUAUCAACCUGCAAACCAGUGUGUUUGACAAACAGCGUAAACACACACACAAACCAUCCAACAGGACUGUCAUCCACCAGAAACUGGAACAUAAAAUCUGCGCAUUGACAAUCAUCCAGUGUGAGACACAGACAGCUACUGAAGGAGCCUGUUAAAUAUUCAGUUGACCGGCAGGACAGAAGGGCAGCCAUGUUGAUCAUCUUAGCCUUCAUCAUCCUCUUCCAUGUGGCUGCAGCCAUUCUCCUCUUUGUUGCAACCAUUCACAAUGCAUGGUGGGUGGUGACGCAGGGUGGCCGGGAAGUGAUCUACGCUGACCUGUGGUACACCUGUAACUCCACCUGCUUUCCUGUGGAGAACAGCCAUACUGUUGAUGCAGCAUAUCUGCAGACCAUCCAGGCUACUAUGAUCCUUGCCACUAUUUUAUGUUGUGUCAGCUUCUUCGUCUUCAUCCUUCAGCUCUUCAAGCUCCAACAGGGAGAGAGAUUCCUUUUCACCGCUAUCAUCCAGCUAUUGGCCGCUCUAUGUGUGAUGAUCGCAGCGUCUGUCUACACGGCUCAGAAGAACAGUUUCCACUUGGCCAAUCUCCGGGAAGGCACCUACGGCUCCUCCUACAUCCUGGCCUGGAUCAGCUUCCCGAUGACUCUCAUGAGCGGCCUCAUGUACCUGGUGCUCAGGAAGCGUAAAUAGAUGUGACGCACAGGCACGCAGAUAUCCAACAAUAUAAAAAGGAACACUUGGACACAUGCAUAAAGUCAUACACUUUGACUCAACAAACCAGCAUGCUAACAUUCUGUCUCUUACCCUUAGGUUUUAUAAGAGCAUUGGAGAAAAAGGAAAUACACAAAUCCCCAAUAAUUUAAAGUGUCAGGUUCAUGACCAGACUAUUCAACAAUAAAGCAGCACAUCUUUGUCCACUUUACACACCUAAAGCCUACAUUGUUGUACACCCUUCUUCUUCUUGAUGGUACAUUGUUCUCUCUAAAGUCAGCAAUGAUGCGCCAAGACUGUCCAGACACCCAGUUAGCUCAAUCGACAGACUUUUCUUGACACUUCUUUCCAUAAAAGUGCCUUAGAAACACUUUAGACAAUGGACUUACAGUAACUAAACAACGGUGAGUUGGACAGUCUUUUUUUGCAUUACAUCUACUAAAACAUGUUAAGCAAACAUAUACUAUGAUAAAUCCAAUGUUGCCAACUGUUCUGGAUAGAUUCAUGUACAUGAAGCUGAGGUAAAAGAUAUGCAAUUCAAAUGCAGAGGAGCCAAUGCACCACACGUUCUCCACUUAGUUACUGCUUUGGAUAGAAAACGCCCAUUGCUGCAUUUAGAGAGAACAUGCUUUCACCAUCUUCUUUCCCUCUUAGCUUCGACACAGGACGUUGUUCCAACAUACUGUCCACUUGUUUCAUUGUGUCCUUUUGACCGUUCAUAGGAACCUGUCUGAAAUUCCCAAUCCCGAAGGAUAAAAGUCAGAGACAAGUGGGGAAGUUUGUCUUAUUGGGAGGCAGCCCCUGGACUUUAUAAAGGGUCCAUAUUUUUUUGUUGUGAAUCUUUAGUCAACUAUUUUGUACAUAUUUGCUGUGUAUGUAUAAUUUAGGUUAUUGCCAAAAGCUUAUUUUCUAAGACUAAAAAAAUUUAUCUUAUGUUAACCAUAGCAUAUAGGACUUGUAGUGAGGCACUAGUUGAAGUAUAAUAUGUAGGAUUUUAACUUGUUAUUUUUAUUCUUCUUUUACUGACUUGUGUUGUAAUGAUGAAAAAGGAACCAAUGAUGUGCUGUGAUAUCUGAGAUUUCAAAUGGCAACAGAGGAACGUGUAAACUUGAAAUAAGAAUGAACUUUUCUUUGUUACUCUUUUUUUGUUCACAGCUUCACUGAGAAAAAAACAUCGCUAUUUAUUGAUUAAAACCACUGUUGUGUAUUUUGAGCAUCAUGUGACAAAGGAUGUAUGAAGUAAUUAAGUCUUGCCAUAUUUGUUUGCCUCUUUUGGCUGGGCUACUGUUUGUUUGAUCGAUUACUGAAACAUCUCUAACACUCCUGUUCGUGCUCCGGCAUUUAACAACAAUAAAUGUGUUACUGUACUGUACCCCAAAUUCCCAGAAUACUUCUAAUUUUGUGGAAAUAUAGGGAUAAUGUUUGAGAUAAUAUGUAGACUUUUUUGAUCUUUCUUUAUCUGAGUGUGGGGUUGUAACAGUUAAGGGAGACCAGCAUUCAUUCAUGCAUACAGCUUGGACUUGAUGGAUCCUUCCGGUGCACAGUUUAUUUUGUGAUAGGAAUGUGUUUGUGUUGUUUGGUCCACAGACUGGUAACUUUUUCAUCAAUAAUGAAGAUGCAGGAAAAAACAAGAACGUGAAGAUUUUUUACUCUUAUCUCGAGAUACUUGAAAAUGAUCAAAAAAACAUUAUUGGAAGCCGAGUUUGUGUUUGUUGUUCCAGAUAAUUUUGCGAAGAUGUAAUCUUUAGAGUGUUCGACUAAAUAAUAAACCUCCUGUUUCAAUGCAA